CGCGCGCGAGGGUGCCCCGGGUCUCCCGGCGUGCACCGUGGUGUAGGUUUCUAGGUGGUGGGAAGGCGUCGUAAUGGCGGCGGCCGGCGCGGGGGCACCCCGGUUGCUCCUCCUUUUACUGAUAGUGGCAGCAGCGCCCAGCCGGGCCAGGGGCAGCAGCUGCCGGGCUGGAGCCGCUACGCGGGGGGUUGGGGCCGAAGGCCAUGAGGGCGAGAGCUGCGGUACGGUGGGGCUACUGCUGGAGCACUCCUUUGAGAUCGAUGACACUGCCCAAUUCCGGAAGCGGGGCUCACUGUUGUGGAACCAGCAGGAUGGCACCUUGUCCCUGUCACAGCGGCAGCUCAAUGAAGAGGAGCGGGGCCGACUUCGGGAUGUGGCAGCCUUGAAUGGCCUGUACCGGGUACGGGUCCCCAGACGGCCCGGGGCCCUUGACAGUGCAGAGGCUGGUGGCUAUGUCUCUUCUUUUGUCCCUGCGUGCUCCCUGGUGGAGUCGCACCUCUCUGACCAGCUGACCCUGCACGUGGACGUGGCCGGCAAUGUGGUAGGGGUGUCUGUGGUGACAUAUCCUGGAGGAUGCCGGGGCCAUGAGGUGGAGGACGUGGACCUGGAGCUGUUUAACACCUCCGUACGGCUGCGGCCGCCGGGUACCGCCCCGGGCCCUGAGACGGCGGCCUUCAUCGAGCGCCUGGAGAUGGAGCAGGCCCAGAAGGCCAAGAACCCCCAGGAGCAGAAGUCCUUCUUCGCCAAAUAUUGGCACCUCAUCCUGGGGGGGGCCGUGUUGCUCACGGCCCUGCGUCCUGCUGCCCCGGGGCCCACGCCGCCGCCACAGGAGGCCUGAUGGAUGUACAUCAUUCCCGUGGUCCUGUUCCUCAUGAUGUCAGGAGCUCCAGAUGCUGGUGGCCAGGGCGGGGGCGGGGGUGGGGGCGGGGGUGGGGGCAGUAGCCGGUGACCGGCUUGUCCUCUUUUGCCCCCAAGAGUCUUUGCUACCCAGAGUCCUCCAUGUCCCUGGUCAUCCCAGGGUUGUAGUCCUGCUGUCUCCCCAUCCCAGGAGGAUAGAAGGACACCCCUCCUGGAAGCCACUGUCUUCCCCAGUCUCCCUUCCUGUUGACGGAGGUCUGGUGGAGUUGAGGUGCUCCACCCCACAGUCCCAUCUCAGCCCCUGGGCUCCCUUUGCCUUCAAGCUGGAGCCCAGCUCCCUCUUGCCCCUGCGCCUGCCUGGCUGCCCUAGUCCUGCAGCUGGAGCACUCUGGCUGUUCUCCAGCCACCGUGCCUUUACCCACGCCUGCGCCCCCAGCCCACCAUGGCCUGUCGCCUUGCUGGACACUGGACUGGGCCCUAGGCCUCCUGCCAGCUUCCUUUGAGGGUGCCCUGGCCUCCCCACUGAGGACGUGGAGCCCUGAUUUCCCCGCCUUGCAGCGCUGCUCCCUAGCCUGUGCCCCACCCCAGUCCGCCCGCAGCAGGUGAGGCACCUGUUGUCCCCCUGCAGCUGGUGGAGUCCGGGGCCAGGGAAUGUAAAUAGAGUCCCUUCUGCGUCCUUCAUGCCACAAUGGCCGGCCCCGUGUAGCGCCAGAGUGGAACUGCGCCCUGACUGGUUUCUCCUGCAUCUGGUUAAGAAUAUCCACAGGAUACAGCAGCACAUACAUUCUGUGAACGUCCAGCUUUGGGUACCAGGAAUUGAACUCAUGACCUUGCGCCUGCCAGGCCAGUGCUGUGCCACGGAACUGUAUUCCCACCCAGGAGACUCCAACUGCUGACAGCCUAGAGUGAGGGCUGCAUGGACUCCGCUUACCAUGUUACUCUACUCGGAGACAGGAGCAGUGGCUGGUGCUGGCCCUGCAUUGGUGUGGCUGUGUUGGGUAGCAGCUGAUUAAACUGUUCCCAGACACCCA